AUGGCUCUUGACUUUAUAGCUGGAUGCAUUGGUGGUAAUGUUGGUAUCAUAGCUGGUCAUCCAUUAGAUACUUUGAAGGUUCAUAUACAGUCAGGAAGAGGCAGUGCAUUGGAAUGUACGAAGUCUCUAUUGAAUGGAGGAACCCUUUCAACAGUUUAUCGCGGUGUGUGGGCGCCUUUGGGAGGAAUUGCCGCAGUGAACGCGAUAGUAUUUGGAGCAUAUGGAAACACAAGAAGAUCUUUGCCAAACUCUGACUCGCUAACCACCCACGCGAUCGCUGGCGCUGCGGCCGGACUGAUGCAAAGUUUCAUUUGCGCACCCGUAGAGCUUGUUAAAACGCGGCAGCAACUUGCUAAAGAAGGAGAAGGUAUGCCCAAAGGUGCGUGGAGUGGAGCCAGGCAUAUCUUAAAAAAUGGAGGAUUCAAGGCGCUCUUCCGUGGACUCGGUAUAACUGCAGCUCGCGAUAGUCCCGCUUUCGCUAUUUAUUUUACAUCUUACGAGGCGAUGACAAGAGGAGAUCAGUCCGCUAUGAGGGUUUUUACUGCUGGAGGAGUAGCGGGAGCACUAUCUUGGGUCCUUUUAUAUCCAAUUGACGUAGUAAAGUCGAGGAUACAAGGUGACAUAGUUGGGAGGUACCUAGGUGCCUGGGACUGUUUCGUGAAAUCUAUACAAAGUGAAGGUUGGCGCUGCAUGGGACGUGGUAUGGGAGCUGUGACUUUACGUGCAUUCAUAAGCAAUGGCGCGUGUUUUUCGGCAGUGGUGUGGACCGACAGGGCAUGGCAGCACUGCACUUCCGACACAGCGGUGAAAACAUUCGUGCAAGCAGCCGCUAUCGGUGAAGCUGUGCGACACGAACCAGAUUACCUCUGUGAUAUGUGA